AAGUAGUGUCCCUUACACCAUAAAUUAUUUCUGAUCGGCCUAACUUGGAGUUCCUUAUCACUGUGCCUCCUACUCUUGGAGUCGCCGAUUGGGUGAUACAUCUUGCUAGUCGCCAGGUCUGGGUACACCGGAGCAAGCUUAUCACGGGCUUCGCUCUUCCAGAUGCCCGUGACCUAUCAUACCUGGGCUAUAGGUAGACAUUAACUCAACUGUUACAACGCCCACCGCGUUUGGUUACUACUUUCCAAAUCGCCUGCUUCCUGACGAGCGGUGCAUUGUUUCCUUUAACCCGAGUGCGACACCAUGGAGAUGUUUCUGUUAACUCCUUGCAUCUUUUCUUCGGAAGCAUUUAUCCAUCCCAUGGGACCUAUCGGAGGACAAGGAUCUGGUGUUAGUGGCACAGCGAGCAGUUGUACUAAUGAACCACGUGAAUUCGGUUUCCUUGCAAAGCUGAAUACUUUAUCGAGCUCCCGAAGACGUAAGCUAGAAGCUGACGAACUAGCUGCGGAAGCCCGCCAAGCCAUGGAAGAUCCUUUGCAUCCGGCACAUUUCGAACCUGAUUUGGAUGGCUUUCAACUGGCAGAGGGCGAGGAGCGUUCGAUGAUCGAACCGCAGUCGAAAGAGCAUCCGCUGGUGCGUGAUAUCAUUCGUAUCCUCAUUGAAUGGAUCAACAUGGAACUGGCCGAAGAACGCAUUUUGGUAAGGGACAUUGAAGCCGAUCUGUACGAUGGACAAGUCCUGCAGAAGCUCAUUGAGAAACUUAUGGGGAUACGAAUCAACCAUCCUGAGGUGUCUCAAACGGAGAUGGGUCAGAGACAACGUUUAAAGAUGGUCCUCGACGAAAUCAACGCCGCGCUUAACGUGUCUCCACAGUGGGCUGCCAACAAAUGGCCCGUUACGGCUAUUUUCGACCAAGAUUUAGUCGCCAUCCUACGUCUAUUGAUCGCUCUCGCGCGGCGUUUCGCUCCUUCCGUUCGACUGCCUCGAGGAGUCCAGUUGACAGUACUAAUAGUGCGAAAAUACAAUGGCAUACUGCAACAUCGAAGGCAAAUUGAACACAUCACAGAGAUGGAAGCUGAGCAGGAUGCCGACAUGGACCACGACGCCAUCAGCGCACUAGUUGAUUGCGCCGUUCCAGAAAAGCUCGCCGCGUUCCAACAGACUUUGUUGGAGUUCGUUAACCCUCAUCUCGCCAAGGUGAAUCUCAGUGUUGCGAACCUGGAAACCGACAUGGAGGAUGGAGUGUAUUUUAUACUGCUUCUCGGGCUUCUCGGCGGAUUCUACGUGCCCAUGCAUGCCUACUAUCCGACACCACUGACCGAGGCACAACGCCUGGCCAACAUACAGCUCGCGUUGAGGCUAGCCGAAGAAAUCGAAGGAAUCAAUCUCGGACCGAAACCGGGUAGAGAUAUGUUGCAACCCGAUCUGAAAAUGACUCUCCGCUUGAUCUACUCACUGUACACUCGACAUAGGGAUGACACGUGAAUGAGCCGCUCGUUGCAUGGAGUUCUGUGCUACGCUAUUCAACGGACCAUACGCUGCAACUUCUCACUUUACGUUUGCCCCAGCAACUCAUGUUAGUGCUUACAGUUUCGUAUGAUAUAUAUUUUAUUCUCACCACAAA